AUGGAAUCCGGUGACGGUGGUGGUUUCAGUGGAGUGGUGAGGAUAUCAAACGUCAGUGACUUCAUCGCCCCAUCUAAAAAUUGUAUAAUUCCGCUGAAUGAAAAUACGAAAAGUGUGCCAAUUGAGGAACCGUUAGUUGCGAUUGGAAAAAGGAAGAGGAAUGAGGAGAGUGGAGCUUUGGGCAAAAAGGUAGGCAAGUUUAAAGCGAGUCACGUGUCUCUAAACAUAGUGCCGUAUUUUGCAAAAGCACUUCAAACAACCAUUGAAUUCGUUUGUAAAGUCAACUCUUUUUGGGCUGUGAAAGUGACGCUAAACGAUUGCCUUGCUUGUUCCGGGUGUAUCACAUCGGCAGAGACGGUUCUCAUCGAUGCCCAGUCACUCACAUCGCUUUUAAAUGGCAUUGCAAAGAGUUCUCUAUCCGUGGUCUCCGUUUCUCCACAAUCCGUAUGCUCAAUCGCAGCUCAAAGAAGAAUAUCCGUUCCCGAAGCUGCUCGACUAAUUGCCUCAUAUUUCUUUUCUAAGGGUGUCCGCUUUGUGCUUGACUCGUCAGUGGGCCGACUUUUUGCUCUCGAACAGGAAUGUGAAGAAUUGGAGCGACGACAAUCUAAUAAACCACCGAUACUCUCCUCGAUAUGUCCGGGAUUCGUUUGUUAUGCCGAAAAAUCACACGGAGAACUCCUUGUACCAUUACUGAGCAAAGUUCGAUCUCCGCAGGCGAUUAUGGGUGCAAUCGUGAAGCGUUUCUUGUCAUCGAAGUUCUCGCUUUCGCCAAAAGAAAUAUUUCAUGCUACAGUAAUGCCUUGUUACGACAAAAAGUUGGAAGCGUCUCGAAGUGACUUUGAGAUUGAAGAAAGUACCAAAGAGGUUGACUGUGUUAUUAGUUCGGGCGAACUCGACUCUGCUUUGGAUGGAAUCGAUAAUUUUAUAGAGAGCGUCGAAGCUGGAUGGCUUGGAGAUUUUGGAAGAGGAAAGUUAAUCAGCGGAUCUGGCGGUUCCUCUGGUGGAUAUGCUGAAGCUGUCAUAAUGAAUCUUACGCGAAAACACCCGAACCUACGAAAAGAAGUCAAUAACCCUCAAAAGAAUCUCGAAGUGACGCGCCUUUUUGAUGGUGAAGAAAAUCGUUGUCCGAUCGUUGUCGCAAAAGUCUAUGGAUUUAAGAAUAUUCAGAAUAUGGUUAGAAAAAUCAAAACGGGCAAAUGUGAGUAUAAUUACGUGGAAGUGAUGGCCUGUCCUGGAGGAUGUGGUAAUGGUGGCGGACAAAUUCGACGCGAAACCGAAGCUGAUCGAGAAGCUGCUAGAAUAGAGAUCGAGAAUCUCUACGCAGAAAUGUAUCCCAAUUUGGGAAAAGAAACGCAAAAUGAAAUUUCUUUGGAAUGGUCGAAUCAAAAUCCAGAAUGGACAUCAAAUUUGAAGACGAAUUUCCGGCCACUUCUCCGGACAGCAACAAAUCUUGAUUAU